AUGAUGUACAUCUCCAUUGAAACAGCUAUUGCCCUGGCCUCUGUGGUGGGGAAUGUGCUGGUGGUGCUGGCUGUGUGUGUGAACCGAGCUCUCCGCAACACCACCUUCUGCUUCAUUGUGUCUCUGGCCGUGGCUGAUAUCGCUGUGGGAGUUUUGGUCAUCCCUCUGGCUAUUAUCAUUAGUCUGGGAUUUAAUACUCAGUUUUACACCUGCCUCUUCCUGUCCUGCCUGCUGCUGAUCAUCACCCAGAGCUCCAUCCUUUCCCUCCUGGCCAUCGCUAUUGACAGAUAUCUGCGUGUCAAGAUUCCCACCAGGUACAACACCAUAGUGACCCAGAGGAGGGCAUACGUGGCAGUUUUUCUGUGUUGGAUCCUCUCCUUCCUCACUGGAUUGGUUCCAAUGAUUGGAUGGAAUAACCGCAAUGUUCAAGGAAACCUCAGCAGUUCCAGCGACAUUGUCUGUGAAUUCACCACUGUCAUGAGAAUGGACUACAUGGUGUACUUCAAUUUCUUCGGCGGGGUGGUGGUACCCCUGUCCGUAAUGAUCGCUCUGUAUGGGGAGAUCUUUAGGGUGAUCCGGCGACAGCUUAACCGGCGUGCUGAAGCCACGUGCGAUGGAGACAGGUACUAUCGGAAGGAGCUGAAGCUGGCCAAAUCACUGGCCUUGGUGGUGUUCCUCUUUGCUGUGUGUUGGCUGCCAAUACACAUCAUGAACUGCAUUAGCUUUUUCUGCCCAAAGUAUUCCAUACCUAAGUUUGCCAUGUAUGUAGGCAUUUUCAUGUCCCAUGUGAACUCAGCACUCAACCCAAUGGUUUAUGCAUACAGGAUAAAUGGGUUCCGUGUCACGCUGAUCCAAAUCACUAGCCGCUGCAUGUUGUGUAAACCCACAGAGCCCACCGCGUGCCCCACCACCACACCAGCCAUACCGGAUAAAGUGGAUGUAAAAAUGUAACAAAGAACUGCAGUACUCCCGUGCACAUGGUUUACAGUGAGAUAGUGCAUCGAUGGCACUCAUUGAAUUACAUGUAUGUGAUAUUUGGAAUAUUAACCGAUUAACGAACACAAAAGCAAAGCA